UUGGGCUUGUUUUUUUGUUUGGUUUUUUUUUUUAGAGUCGCGGGUUGGAAUUUGCAUAAACGCCCACUCUAACAUGGGUUUGUUUUGAAGAACGAGGUCGCUAUUUUUCUGUCAGAAAUCUGGCGACCCUGGUCGGCUUGUUUGGAGAGGGGAAGCGGCUAUUUUGUAGCCAAAAAGAGCAGGAGCGGAGUUGUGUGAGGACUGUUUACAACGUGUUUCUGUUUUGUAACCACGAUUGCAAUACGAAAAAAACAACAACUUCCCAGUAGAACGCAAAGGGAACGCAGAACCGGGGAGAGCUGUUUAUCAACAUGACAGUGUUUUCCGGUGAAGAAGUUGAGUUGAGGUGCUGAGGGGAUGAACCGAUUGGAGCUGGUGUCGGGCCUGAGUCGGGGAAAGGGGGGCGGUGUUCAAGUUUGGGGGCUCUGACAGUCAAUUCAAUAUUAAUUCUACAGAAUUGGAAAGAGUCAGCAAAAUAACAACAUAAGAACGCGUGUUCAGCAUCAUUGCACAGCGUGUACUGAGGAGGCACAAGCUAAUCCGAAAGAGAACUACUGUGUGUCUAAGUAUUUACUGUGCAAGAAAACGGGACUUACCGUGAUCAGUGUGUGAAGGGUAGACCGUGCGGCAUAAGAGGAAGUCUUCAUACCCUCCUCUUCACACCUAGCAAGGUGAGCUACGCCGAGUUCAAGGCGAGAGGACCCAGCCUGCACUGAAGGAGUGUUAUCAUGGUGCAGAAGUACCAGUCACCCGUUCGGGUGUACAAGCACCCUUUCGAGUUGGUCAUGGCGGCGUAUGAAAGAAGAUUCCCCACCUGCCCUCUGAUCCCCAUGUUCGUGGACAGCGACACUGUGAGCGAGUUCAAGAGUGAGGACGGGGCCGUGCACGUGAUAGAGAGGCGUUGCAAGCUGGACGUGGACGCGCCCAGGCUGCUGAAGAGGAUUGCCGGGGUGGACUACGUGUACUUUGUCCAGAAGAACUCCUUGAACAGAAGGGAGCGGACCCUGCAGAUAGAGGCCCACAAUGAAACCUUCUCCAGCAGAGUCAUCAUCAAGGAGUUCUGCUGUUACACUGUUCACCCAGAGAAUGAAGACUGGACUUGUUUUGAGCAGUCUGCAAGUCUGGAUAUCAAAUCUUUCUUUGGCUUCGAAAGCACUGUUGAAAAGAUUGCGAUGAAGCAAUACACCGGCAGUAUUAAAAAGGGCAAAGAGAUCAUUGAGUAUUACCUGAAGGAACUGGAAGAUGAGGGCGUUGCCGUCAUACCCCGCUGGAGUCCUGCUGUAGCUCCCCCUGCCCCAGUCAGCAUCGCUGCCCAGCCAGAGCGUCCAGUCUCUGCAGCCGUCUCCAUCCCCGCCGCCUGCGCCAAGGAGAGCCACAGCAGCAAGGAGGCCCUCGGGGCCCCUGGGAGCCCGGCAGAUCCCCUCGCUGGCACUCCUGAUGACAAACUGGAUGCAGAUUACAUCAAGCGCUAUCUAGGAGAUCUGAUGCCUCUGCAGGAAAGCUGCCUGAUCCGACUGCGACAGUGGCUGCAGGAGACACACAAGGGCAAGAUUCCGAAGGACGAGCACAUCCUGCGCUUCCUGCGCGCCCGUGACUUCAACAUGGACAAGGCGAGGGAGAUCCUGUGCCAGUCCCUGACCUGGAGGAAGCAGCACCAGGUGGACUACCUGCUGGAGACGUGGAGCUCCCCGCAGGUGCUGCAAGACUACUACACUGGGGGCUGGCACCACCACGACAAGGAUGGUCGCCCUCUCUAUGUGCUCCGUCUGGGACAGAUGGAUACCAAGGGACUAGUCCGGGCACUUGGGGAGGAGUCUCUGCUUCGACAUGUCCUGUCAAUCAAUGAAGAAGGGCUGAGACGAUGCGAGGAAAAUACAGGUGUCUUCGGACGACCGAUAAGCUCCUGGACCUGCCUGGUGGACCUGGAAGGCCUCAAUAUGAGGCACCUGUGGCGGCCGGGCGUGAAGGCUCUGCUGCGGAUCAUCGAGGUGGUGGAAGCAAACUACCCUGAGACCCUGGGGCGCCUCCUCAUUCUCCGAGCACCAAGGGUCUUCCCUGUCCUCUGGACGCUGGUCAGUCCGUUCAUCGAUGAAAACACUCGCAAGAAGUUCCUCAUCUACGCGGGAAAUGACUACCAGGGUCCUGGAGGGCUGGUCGAUUACAUUGACAAAGAGAUAAUUCCUGACUUCCUGGGAGGAGACUGUAUGUGUGAAGUUCCAGAAGGGGGGGUCGUUCCCAAGGCUCUGUACCGGACAGCUGAGGAGCUGGAGACAGAAGAUAUCCGCCUCUGGACCGACACCAUCUACCAGUCCGGCAGUGUCUUCAAGGGGUCUCCACACGAGCUGCUGAUAGAAAUCAUUGAUGCCUCCUCUGUGAUCACCUGGGAUUUCGACGUGUGCAAAGGAGACAUUGUGUUUAACAUCUUCCACUCGAAGAGGGCCCCCCAGCCCCCCAAGAAGGACACGCUGGGUGCCCACAGCAUCACCUCCCCAGGGGGCAACAACGUGCAGCUCAUAGACAAGUCCUGGCAGCUGGGGCUCGACUACAGCAUGGUGGAGUCGCCUCUGAUCUGUAAGGAGGGGGAGAGCGUGCAGGGCUCCCACGUGACCAGGUGGCCUGGCUUCUACAUCCUGCAGUGGAAGUUCCACAACAUGCCUGCCUGCGCCACCACCAGCCUGCCCCGUGUGGACGACGUGCUGGCCACGCUACAGGUCUCGUCGCACAAGUGCAAAGUCAUGUACUACACAGAGGUGCUGGGCUCUGAAGACUUCCGAAAUGCUUGCUACGAUGUUGAGAGUUUGGGCUCCAUGACCAGUCUGGAGUCGAGCCACAGUGGCUUCUCCCAGCUCAGUGCUGCCACCACCUCCUCCAGCCAGUCCUACUGCAGCUCCAUGAUUUCCAGGUAGUGCUGCCACCACCUCCUCCAGCCAGUCCUACUGCAGCUCCAUGAUUUCCAGGUAGUGCUGCUACCACCUCCUCCAGCCAGUCCCACUGCAGCUCCAUGAUUUCCAGGUAGUGCUGCCUCCACCUCCUCCAGCCAGUCCCACUGCAGCUCCAUGAUUUCCAGGUAGUGCUGCCUCCACCUCCUCCAGCCAGUCCUACUGCAGCUCCAUGAUUUCCAGGUAGUGCUGCCACCACCUCCUCCAGCCAGUCCUACUGCAGAGCCACAGAGGAGGAGCCCCCAUUCCUAUCCCGAGGAUCCCCCCAUACAAAACCACCGAGGAGCCUUCUAACUCCAGAAUGGCACCCUUUUGAUGAAACAGAUGGGAGCUGGUACAUUGAAAGCUGAUCGCUGGACAGCUGACUGCCUCAGUAACGAGUCGAUGACUUCACUUCAACAAGGGAGUCUUGGUCAAGCUGGGGGGGGUUUACUUUAGUACUGCGUCCAGAUUAAGCUGUACCUAAAUGGAUCCCUGUAGUAACAUGUCAACUAAUAUGAAAGUAGUGAUUUAUUUGUAUGUUUAGCAGCAGAUUUAAGAAAUGCGAUGGGUCCUUUGCCACUUAUGUUACAGAGCUUCCUGCCGGAAGAGCAGGCAGGGGCUCCCCUUAAUAAAAUGUAAUGCGCUGAAUCCAUUCUCGUUCAGUAGAAGGUGUUGCAGUGUGGGGGUGAAUAAGGACUUGCCAAUGGUUACGGGACAGUGAAAUGGGCAAGAUUUGCGUUACCCAACAGAGGCACUGCUCGCCCAAAUACAGAGCGAAUACAUACAUGUUCCAUUUUCAGCCUUCUACAGUUGCUUUUUCAGACACUGUGAAACCUUUUCGAUUUGCUCUCGUCCUGUGAAGAGAUGCUUUAGCUCAUUUUAAACAGGACCAGAGCACAGCCCUGCUUUGAGAAGGGUCAGGCCCGAUUCCUAACUGGCUGGCCAGAGGUUUGAAGUUACAAUGACAGGAUUUGUUUUCUAACAGUGCUUUUUUAACAGUGUAAAUGAAUCUAGUUUGAAGUGGAUAUUUUGUAAUUUUAUAGACCAUUUGCAAUAAUUGGAUUUUUCUGUGAAGUGUAACUCCACACUUCAGGAGAAGCACCAUUGCAGUGCUUCUGUCUUCUGUGGAAACCUGUUCAUUAAAUAAGCAUUGUGCAGACUAUCUGAGAAACCUCUAGCAGUGCAUACUCCCUUCCCCUGAGCCUCUCUUCUGUCCUCUAGUUUUGCUGUUAGUAAAUCUGGCAGGUAAUUGUGCACUGGUGUAUCACUCAUGUAUGAAGCACAUGAACAGCACUAGAAGGCUAGCCUGGAGCUCGCUCAGUUCAGACAGUGCUUGGGAAAUGAUAUGCUUUCUAAUAAUGACUUCAUGAGUGUUUGUUUGGUUUUUCACACUCCUUUAUUUGGUGACUUGUGUUUGUUUAGUCUAUAUCUGUGUCUGUGUCCUAAAGGGGGGUGCAUUGGGGUGCUGUGCAGGGGAGGCUCAUUCAGUGCCCUGUCAUUCCAAAUCUGCAUAGAUGUUGAGUGUGUGUAUCUUCAUACAGAGCGCAGCUGUCACUCCACGCCUCAUUGAGUGUGUGUAUCUUCAUACAGAGCACAGCUGUUAUACACCUCAUUGAGUGUGUGUAUCUUCAUACAGAGCACAGCUGUUAUACACCUCAUUGAGUGUGUGUAUCUUCAUACAGAGCACAGCUGUCACUCCACGCCUCAUUGAGUGUGUGUAUCUUCAUACAGAGCACAGCUGUCACUCCACGCCUCGUUGAGUGUGUGUAUCUUCAUACAGAGCACAGCUGUCACUCCACGCCUCGUUGAGUGUGUGUAUCUUCAUACAGAGCACAGCUGUCACUCCACGCCUCAUUGAGUGUGUGUAUCUUCAUACAGAGCACAGCUGUCACUCCACGCCUCGUUGAGUGUGUGUAUCUUCAUACAGAGCACAGCUGUCACUCCACGCCUCGUUGAGUGUGCGUAUCUUCAUACAGAGCACAGCUGUCACUCCACGCCUCGUUGAGUGUGUGUAUCUUCAUACAGAGCACAGCUGUCACUCCACGCCUCAUUGAGUGUGUGUAUCUUCAUACAGAGCACAGCUGUUAUACACCUCAUUGAGUGUGCGUAUCUUCAUACAGAGCACAGCUGUCACUCCACGCCUCGUUGAGUGUGCGUAUCUUCGUACAGAGCACAGCUGUCACUCCACGCCUCAUUGGACUCUGUUGAUGGUGUCGUUUUCUCCCAGAGCACCGGGAUGCAUUCUCCCCAGAUCCCUUUCAGCCUGAGGGCUGCUGUGUGUGUCUCCGUUUCAGAACUGUCUUUCUUUUGUUGCUCUCUUCCAUAUCGACAUCUCCUGAGGAUUUAUUAAUAUAGUCAUACUUUGUUUGAAUUAAUAUACACAAAUAGCCUUUAAAUAUAUUUUUUAAAACUAUUAAACUUGAAUUCUAAAAAUGAA